AUGGAGGAACCAUCAGAAGAUUUCAUAGAGAUAGUUGUUAUUUUAGCAAAAGAAGAAGAACAGAACCGACUGAUACCUUCAUAUGAUAGACCUCGGUCACUUGCAAAACAACGAUUUAAACAAUGUGCUAGCACUGAUAAAGUAGCACUCGUAUCAUGGCUACUCUUUUUAAUGAUAAAGGGUACUUAUCCCACUAUUCAAGAUAAAGCAAUACGAUUACUUGAUCGAUUGAUACGAAAAGGAGGAAAAGAGUUUAUCGUAUCAUUGCCACAACCAAUAGUUCAAGCUAUCAACGUUGAAACUCAAGAGUUGCUUAGCAGUUGUAAGGAGCAGAGCUGUACUGAUAAUUUUGUAUAUUAUUCAUUUGAUAUCAUGCAAGCACUCUCACAAAAUCAAGGCGAUCAAGAAGAAGAAGAAGAAUACAAAGACAUGGCGGCAACAAAGAGUUUCCAUCCAAAAAAAUAUUUGACCUUUUGUUGUAUGUGGCCACAAAGUCUCCCCGUUAUGCAUUUAACUAUACCGAUAACCACAUUGAAAGAAUCAUUAGGCUUACACAAGUCAAGGAUUGUGGGUCACCAGAGGAGGAGGAGGAGUGGUCAAAGAACAACUCCAAGAUUGACAUUGACAAUGUCAACUUUUACUCAUACAAAUUUCCAAAAAAAAUUCAACAAACCAAUCAAUGGUUACAAUGAAGAAAAUUACAACGAUGAUGACAACCAAGACGAAUACGACGACGACGAUGAUGAAGAAGAUAGUGAUAGUGAUAGUGAUAGUGAUAAAGAUUCUGAUGAUGAAAAUAAGAAGAAGAAAAGAAAAACUAGAGACGAUGAUGAUGAUGAUGAUGAUGAUAAUGAUAUGUACGAGGAGAAAGGAGACAUUCAAACUUAUUCAAUAUUUCAACAAUUUGCCAAAGUAUGUGGUAAACAUUUUGAAGGACCAAUUUUCAAACAAUUCAACUCCCUGUCCAACAACAACAACAACAAUUCUAAAAAAAGCUAUCUCGCUUUGAUGAGCUUUUCUCAAUCUUGUAGAUCCAACAAAUUCAUUCGUAAUAGUAUUACAAAACAAUUUCCAACUAUUUUAAAAUUGGUAUUAAAAUUUAUAGAUGAUGAAAAUAUAAGAGUUAGAUGGGCAUCAUUACAAUGUUUAAUUCAAUUAUCACUAUUUAGAGUAUUGAUGAUUGAUGAACAACUCUUUGCUGAUGCUGCCCUUGGAAAAUCAAUUCAUGAUCCAAAUGAAUGCAUCCAAAGUCGUUAUUGUAUAUUGGUUAAAAUCAUGACCACACGACCAAUGAUGUCUGCAAUUGGUUUGGAUGGGUUAUUUAAUUGGUUUGAAAUACUACUUGGAUCAUCAAUACUAAAUGUUGUUGAAAAUACAUUUUUAUCAUUGAUAUCAGUUAUAGAAACAACUCAUUGGCAAUCUCAACCAUCAGGAUUUAAACCUUAUUAUGACAAAAUUGUACCCAUUUUAUUUUCAUUGUUGGGGAAAUAUAUUGAACAGGAAAAAGAAUCAAAAGUAUUAACUUAUGUAAUCAAGACAUUUGCAAUGUGUGGAACAGCGCUGGUUGACGUGAAAAAGACUUUGUUUUCAAAAGAUUUGUACAAGUUUAUGGUGUUUGUCAAAAAGAAUGAAACCAAGUCUUUUGAUCUGGUCGUCCAACUUUUCAACCAAACCGAUUCAUUUAUUAAAUCGAUUGGCAAGUCAUUUGCAAUGUAUUUACCAAUGGUCGUCAAGAUGAUUGCAAAUAUACUAGAAAGACCAUUACCCAAUCGAGGCAGAGAUGUGACUCCACACCUCAAGAAAGCAAUGCCAACACUCAAAGGAUUGAGAACCAUCAUGAUGAAUGGAUCGGUAUAUGAACCAUUGGCGCCAUUUGUUGUGCAUAGUUUGGUUGGUCCACUGCUUAAAUUGGCAAUUCAUCCUUGGUUUCAAAUUGAUUCGCUUCACUGUUUACUUGGUUGUCUUGCACUGUCUAAACUGCAUUUUGGUGUGCGCAGCGAAAAGACACUCGAACUAUUUGCCAAGAUAUACGAUUCAGUGCUAUGUAUAGGGCCAGAGAGAGAGAUCGCAGACCGCAUCACCAUAGCGACAUGCCUCAUCAAAACGAUGGAAACCGAUGCGAUGAGUAUUGAUCAAGUGCAAGCUACCUUGGACGUAUUUUGCAAGGUCGAGAAAUUGGAGCAGCAGUCUGGAACAUUUAGCGACAACAGCUUGUUUGAAGGGGUGCUCGAGAUGAUUAGCCAGAUGAUCGAAUUAAACAGUGUCGUCGCAUCACCCCUCAUCGCUUCUAAUAUAUUGGACACUUUGUGUAAAAAGCUCCUUUGCACUACAAAUCGGAGAGCCAAGAAGGUCAUCAUCGUCUUUAUGAACCAAUACUGCAUGUUUGGUGGUGAUGUUGCUGUCGACACAUUUCCACAGAUCAUACCAACAUUGAUCCAGUGUCUGACACAAUCCGAUGACAUCGACAAUGUUAUCAGAUACACAGCUUCAUUUGCACUUGCAACGGCAGCACAGUUUUCCAAGGAUAGAUUCGUACCUUGGGUCACGGACGUGUUACAAGCCUUUGACCCCAUAAUGUCUGUUCCAAAAACGCCGUUUUGUAUACACGGUUUGGAGGAACUUCCCAUCUCGAGUAUCGGUAGAAUCAUCCGAUAUGUUCCACUGGCCACCAGCCAACUGCUAGCAGUCAUUCCAAAAUGGAUAAAUAAUCUACUCGUCACAGAAUUCCGUGGAAUGGGUUUCGUUGAUAAUUUUUGUGCCAUUAUCCGUCUAUACACCAACGAAUGUUUAGAAUCAUUUGAAAAGAAUUGGGAUAGUAUUCCACCAGCUACAAGGAAAACAAUAUCAGAUUGCCAUUAA